CAAACUUGUGACGGUCGCUUGAUUUCCAAAACUCCGUUCAUCCACAAGAUACACGGCUCACUUCGAUUACCUCAGGUUUCGUCCAUAAUGAUUGAAAAAAUUUUAUUGACUGUGUACCAUAUGGGAACCUGAGUUUAAAAUGUGUGAGACAAGCAAUUGUAGUUCGAACAAUGGCAGCGUAGAAAGUAUUAACAGUGACUGUGCUACGGUGGGUUGUGAUCAAAAUAAAAGGGAUGAUGCAAGAACCCUUGGGAGAGAUAUAUGUGACGAAAAAUCAACUGCCGCCGCUUCGAUCAAAAGCUCUGACUUCAUAAAACACGAGACCAAUUUUAGAAAAAACCACCCAAGUGAUCAUCGAAAAUCUUGGGUGCUUCCAUUGUUUCACGUUCCAACUAAUGAACCAGGUGUGAUGUGGACUGGUAAUUUUCGAAGAACUCCUGUGAUGACUUUUUCCCAAUCCUGCAUUCUUGGGAAAUGCGAUGCUGCGGAAAAACUCGGUCGAUGUUAUAACAUGUCCUAUCGAUUGGUGCGCAUGGAAUCAAAGCUUAUAAGAAAUAUCUUAUCUGCACAUGGAUUUCAGGAGUCGGCAAACCAUUUGGGAAAGUUCAAUCUUCUUUGGACAGGUGGCCAUUUGAGGCCCACCCAACUGAGAAUUCUUUCCGAUUUCCACAAAAUAAAUCACUUUCCUCGAUCUUAUGAAAUAACGAGAAAGGAUAGAUUGGCGAAAAACGUUCACAGAAUGCAGAGACUUAAAGGGCUCCAUCAGUUUGACAUCCUUCCACCAAGCUUCAUUCUUCCUGAGGAAUUUCAGGAGCUCUGUUCCGCCUACGCACAGGAUAAAGUACCCUACAUUGUUAAACCAAUGGCGUCUUCGAGAGGAAGAGGCAUUUUUCUCAUUUCUCAUCCAGAAGAAAUCCCAUGUGACGAACCUGUCGUUGUUUCCAGAUAUAUUAGUAAUCCUUUUCUUCUCGAUGGGUUUAAGUUUGACGUUCGGAUUUACGCUGCAGUAACAUCGUAUGAUCCCCUUGUUCUAUAUAUAUACGAAGAAGGUUUGGUCAGGUUUGCGACUGUUCGAUAUCAACCAGGAUUUAAACAUCUGCGAAGUCAAUGCAUGCAUCUAACGAAUUAUAGCGUCAAUAAGAAAAAUUUCGAAUUUGUACACAAUGAUGAUGCAAACGUUGAGGACUAUGGGAACAAGUGGUCACUCGGAGCACUACUGAGAUAUCUCCGAUCCGAAGGUGCGGAUGUCACCGGACUGAUGUUACGAAUUGAAGAUGUCAUUGUGAAAUCAUUCCUGAGUGUUCUCAGCCCUAUCCUUGCCACGUGCAAUCUUUUUCCGGCGUGUCAAUCCAAAUGCUUUGAGCUCUAUGGGUUCGACAUAAUCGUGGACGAUAAUUUCCGGCCAUGGCUUUUGGAGGUAAACUUAUCACCGUCUUUGGCUUGCGACACUCCGCUGGAUUUCAAAGUGAAGUCCCAUAUGCUGACAGACUUGUUCAACUUGGUCGGUUUGGUUUGCCACGAUCCUUCCAGGAAAACUCAGGGUGGAGUCAACAGCCUUCACAUGACGGCCAAGGGCGAGGCCGCAGUCCCACCUCCGAUGCCCACGUGCUUUCAGACCGCUGAAGAAUAUCUGAGAAUGUAUUCCAAAGACAAUGCUGGCAAGAAAGAAAGCAUGAAACCUUGGGCAUUUUUAUCCCGACAAGCGCAGUCUUCCUCCCCUUCCGCGAGCCAAGUGGAUCCUCAGCCAAAUGGGCGGCCGGGCACUGUGAUAUCUCACUUGAUCCCGGACGGUAUGACAUCAGAUGAGGUGGAUCUAAUGCGUAGACUACAGGAAGAGGCGGCCAGAGCUGGAGGUUGGUUAAGGCUGGUGCCGAACGUUGGAGCCUGGGAACAGUACGCCAGUUUGUGGCCCACAGCAGAGCCUCACUUUUCGGGUGAUAGGCGUAUGAGUGGCAGUUCGUGUAGCAUAAACAGCUCUGCCUCAUGGAGCUUCAGUCGUCAUGAUCAGGAGUUAAACGGUGACAAGAGAAGGACAGGGAAUUACUCGACCGUUUCUUCAGCAUAUUCGGCCGCAUUUGCAGUAUUCACACUGAACAACAUUGUGCAAUACGUGGCUGAGCAACAGGCAGGUGACAAAGCACGCGGUGUUCACCUUGAAUCGGAAACAUUUGCUCCCGGUGCUUCCAACGGUAUUGAAUUCCACCCCAAUAGUUCCCUGAUAGAAGUUGAUUUGGAAACCUACUUGAGAAGUGUGAACGGAAAGGAUCCAAAACAGUGCGUGACGAGCACAUUUGUUACAACCGUACGCACUCCUAAGGCAACCUCCGUUUCUCGCCCAAAACCGUCUUUGCACAAUAUGUCACACGGACGUCUCCAACAGUACUUGAACCAAGCCGUCAAAAUUUCAAAAAAAUCGAAUUCACUGGAUGAUCAGUGUCAACAUGUGAUAUUCUGUUACACUCAAACCCUUGGUCGAAUGCCAUUUUUUCUGCGUAAACUGGGGGAACCUCCUUGCAGAAUCCCCGGAGUUUAUUUAGAACAACGGAAGAAGGACCUGCCGGUAAGGCGUUCUGGUUCGACCCAAAGAAAACCCACAAAUAGUCAGCAGGCUGGAAAUGUGUGUGAGCCGGUUGAAAAUGCUGCAACAGUAAAGGUUUCCAAUUCGUCGAGCACAACAAACUUGGUAAAGUCAAGCAAAAAACCUUCUAGACAGAAGAGUGCAAGAAAUUGUCAAAACUCAGCGAACGCGGAUGGUGCAACAAAACGAAAAACUGAACAUCUGGGGCUUUCAGCCUGCGAGCUCUCAGCAUUCGAGGCCAGACAAGCAUUCUCAGUCUAUCUGUCUCGAAUAAAGGACCGAUUGUCGCGAGAAUGUGAGGAGGCUUCUAUCGGCUUGCUAGGUGAAAAACGCUCUUUUCGGAAUGAAAUACGCGAAGUCGAUAUUCUCACGCGUUUUGUUCAUCGUGCCGGCAGAAUGUUAUCAAACAUGGCCAUCAGAACUAGCCUCGGUGAUAGAGGUGGUGAACUUUUGAGCCCUGAAACGGGUGGAAGUGAGCACCGUUUGCCUGAAAUCCACCAAAUCAAACGCAAACGGGAACUUGUCAACCUACUGAAGAAAUUUAUAGAGGCCUAUCGUUGCGAAACAUUGAUGGUCACCUUCCCACACUCACAAGUUAGGAAUUCACCGACAGAUGUGCACCCAAAUCGCUGCGAACUAUUUCGCCAAUUUCUAGAUGAGGCCACGGAAAGCCAACUAGAAGAACUGCUUGUCAGGUAUGCCGAACUGGGCAAAUCCAUCAGAGUACUUCUGGGAGACAUGCAUAGCCGCCGCAAACACACAUCCACGGUGAAAUCAGAACUGGAAGGGUCCGGCAGAACGGAAUGUACAGCGGCGAAUGUUUCCUCCGACAGUGGAUUUGGGUCGCUUGCCGAUAGCUGCAUUAGAAGCGACAACAUACGAGAGGUCGGAAUCUCCAAGGCCGAAUCAAGGACUCGGAUACCGGAAAUCUCUUGCCUCGAAGGAGACGGACCAAAGACGCCCGCCUUGGAACAUUCGGGGUCCUUUCAGCAAAACGGCUGUCCAAAAUCUGAAACGGCAAGGCAAAGCGCAGGCUGUUCACCCCAACCUAGUCCAGAAUACAGUAAGCCACCUACCGAAUCCGAUGGGUCGCAGUCAAACGUUAAGUACUGUUGUAUCGGUUUGGCGCGGAAGAACAAAAACGCCGGUAUAAAAGGAGACAAAAUUGAAGGAAAUCCAGUCAAAGGCUAUAACCCACAAGCUUAUCAGGACCCCCCAGAAGGGUACUCGUGUACAUUUGGUGCAGUACAGAAAACUGAAAACGCUUGCCAAACCCCCGGGGGAGGAAUAAUUCCCCGAGCAAGUCGAAAACGUAGCAGGGGCCGCCCACUCCACGCAACCGCCAGACCACCAUAUCGGCGUAGUCAACCCCUAGUUUUCUCGACUCGUUUAGCACCGUCAAAAAUCGUGGCUCAUAGUGGUGCGAACCGUUCAAGACCUGCAAGAAUGAAAGUCUUUCGCAAGCCAUGCAGAAUGUACGGGAUAAACAGUUACAAGUUGUACCAAACACCCUCGGCACACAACAGCUGUAAUCAUAAUUCUGACGAACUUGAAAGCAUUUUCCCCAAUACAGAGACUUUACUACAUCCAGUUAGCAGCUCAGGUCCUAAUCCAGUUCAGAAUUGGCCAAAACGAUUUGAAGAGUGUCAGUCCAUUGCUUCUACCCUACGAACACCUGGUUCUUCUGCCAACUCUCCGUCUGUUCCAAGGCUCUGGAACACAUCUUCGUUCCACGCACAGAAGAUGCGCCAAGCCGAACAAUAUUCCAAAUUUCUUCAUUCAGUUAACGAACAAAAUAAUACGAACGCCUCAGUCUACACCUGUGUCCAACAUCCAAAAACGAAUGGGACAAAAAUAUCUUGCCGAACCAAGAAUCCACCUCGGAUGAUUUGCUGUAAUUCCAGUCGUCAAAUUCAUCCCCUUUUUUGACAGUUCAAAUUCACGGGAAAGUCUGUCUAACCAGAACGUAACCUGUUGUACAUUCUUUGUCACUUUCUUGCAGAGCUUUGGACAAGCCUUCUGUUUAGAUUCUAACUAAAUUGGUCGGAACAUCGUUG